GCCAGAUGAGCUGUGGCACCAGAGAGAGAGAGAGGAAGACACACGCACACACACACAUACACAGCGGUUUGCUGAGGCUCACUACAGCUUGCAAAGCCCCUUUCAACCCAGAGUUUGAAGCAUAUUCAAACGAUUCUCCUUUUCUUUUUCUUCUGCAAUCAAAAGCCAAGGAUACAAAGGUGGGUGUGUGCAUGCAGGAUUAUUUUAUAUCUACAACCAGCGUGAUCCGUGUACUCAUCGUUCAAAUUUAACUUUAAUUAGAAGCAGGAGCGACAUAUGGGCAGAUUGGAGUCUGGUCAUCUGGAGUUGGUGUUUUUAAGUUGGAGUCAGGCUCUGUUUGGCUUCUCCACCGCUGAUGGCACGAAGUUUGUGAUGGAAAAAUACAGGCCUAGACUCGCACUGGUUACAGCAUUGUGUUCUUGUUGGAAAAAGUAGACUAGCACACAUCAUUACAGGCGUGAGGAACUAUUUCAGAGCAUUUUUUUAGAUUUAACCGAAAAGGGAUAGCCUCUUCUUUCUUAUCGUGUGCUCCAGACCACCCAGUCUGCUCCUGUGUGUGGAAGCAGACGGAUCAUGGUCGGAUGGGCGGUUUUAGUCAGGCUCUCAGUCUCUAACAAUCUCUUUGGCUUGAUCUGGUGUAAAGAGGUGGCUGUAGCCGUGCUAGCUAUGUGGAUUAGCCUUCUUAGCAUCGUGGCUAUGUAGCAGGUCUGGUUGGGUAGCUGCUAGGCCGCCAUUGAAGUGCUGUAUGUGUGGUUGUGUGUCGCUGCCGCAGUAAAGGAGGGUUGCGGGUUUGUAGCCAAGAAUCACCGUUACCUCCCCAGAAGCGACUAAAGAAUCUAUCUAUAUGGUUAAGUUUGUUAUUUUGUGUGAAUAUUAGUCAUUGUAGGGCGUUUUAUGUAACGUUGUUCACGGCGAGGCAAGGGUCGUCAUUUCCCGGGCUUUUCGCCCAGCAUUCAUCGCCCUCUCGGUUAGCCAUCUUUGUUUCAGCUAGCCGCCUCCUGACCAGAGUUACGCUGCGGCUCUUAGCUUGCUAUCCCGACUCCUUCUAGCUUCGCCGUGUCGGGUGGCUGUAAGUAAUUCAGCUUGAUAACAUUAGAAUAUUCUUAUCACCAUUUACCUAAUGUUAAAUGUGGUAUUUUGUGUAUGUUUAGGGGGGCGGAAGCUCACUUGGCUGCCGUUAGCUCGCGGCAGCCAUCUUAGGCGAGCAUGUAAUCUUGGCUAGCUGGAAGUGCUGGUGUGGCACAACAAGAUGGCCUGUUAAUACUCACACAAGGAGAAUUUCCGCGUCAGUAGUCGAGUCAGAAGUAUCACAGAAUUACUUAUUUCAGCUACACCUUCCCGUGUAAGUGUAUCGCUAUCGUUUCGGACUUUGACAAUAUUACUCGCGCGUCGCUUCGCUAUGUAGCUAGUUAGCGGGCUAAACGGUGAACAUAUUAGCAGCUAACACGAUGCUGUAAUGUCGUUAACCAGUCCUCCUUCCACCAUAGCCAGCUAACUAGCGGCUAUGAAAGCUAUUUGUAGCUGUAAUAUUGGGCUAGCAACUCACAGUACGCUGUUUAAUAACAAAAUACUACCAUUUGACCGCAAUUAUGCCUCCCUUUUUUUGUCUAAGAUUAAAACUCGGGAUCUGCGCAACUGUUAUUUAUAGGCCCGUCUGGCUUUGCGGUCCGGAUUAAAUCAGAACCAGCGGCUGCAUCAUGAUGUUGUGGUCCACUUUGAUAUGAUCGGUUAUGCUAGCCAGUGGGUUUGAGCACUUCUGGGGUGCUAACUUAGCUCACAAAUAGGUAAUUUAGCUCGCUAGGUACCCCGGCAGGUGUUCAGGUGAUAAAAGAUGAGGCGUGUGUUCAUGAGAAGAUACGUUUUUCACAAAAGAGCCCUCUUAGUCCACGGGCUAUUAUACCUGAAUGCAGCCCUAGACCUCAGCAUGAUAAAGUAGGCUUUGUAGCUGAUAUCAAAUUAACACAGGCCAGUGGCUAUACCCCAUAGCAGACCAGGCCUGGCUGAUAUUAUACAGUUACAUAGUGUAAUAAGUAAAUAUCAAAGCUUUAUAGUUUUGUCUUAAAUGUCCUUUAUGAUUUUGUGUUUGCAAUGUGUACAAGAGUAAUCUAAAUAAAACGUUCACCUCUUGAGUUGAUAUAGAUUACUCUGAGGGUAGCUGAGGGCUAGUUUGAGCUAUGGUAAUGUUAUUAAGGUGUCAAAGGACGCCCAAUUAAGUAAGUGAUAAAUCUGACAGCCCCUGAGCAAACAAGAUGAUCUCUGCUAGUGUAAAGGGCUUUACAUUGUCACGCCUGUGAUAUGAUGCAUCAUCUAUCUUUGCCUUUACUGUUGUGCCACAAACAGUUUGCUAUCUUGUUUUGGUGCAGGGUGUCCUCCAGGGGAAGUGGUUGGCUAACUUGUGUUGCCAACAACAGUUGUCUUUCACACAGUUGCUUUAUAAAGAUGAUAAUCUUGUGUAAUUUUACUCAAGGAAAAAGUUGCACUCGAUUGCCCUGGUAAGUCAUGGAGACAGUGUCUGUCAUGGUGAUUGCAUAAUAAUUGUUCUAAUAUUGGGUAAAUUGAUUUUUAUCAAGUACUUUUAUGAUAAUUUUGUUCAUUAUUUCUCAGAUGAUUAAACAUAUGGGCUUUAAAUAUGAUUGACACAUUUGCAGUUGAUUUUGAUAUAUUUCUGUUGUAAUACAUAUUUUUUUAUAUAUCAUACCCUUCAUAAAAUCACAUUACAGUCAAUCUGUCAACAUUUAAUUUCACAAUUAUUUCUCGUGAAAAACUUGAAAUAUGAGUCUUGUGUGGCACAAUGGAAGCUCGUCUCUAUCAAAAAAACCUUCCUUAUUAGAUAUGUGAAUAAUAAUUUACCACCCAGAACUUCACUUGCCUCCACAUCACAUGCCGUUCGUUAUUUGGGACAAUAAAUAGCCAGUUUAACUUAGGCUAGUUCUGUUUUGAUUUUUGAAUGGUAAUUUCCAGUCUAAUUAAAGUGUUUUCUUUUGCUUCUUUUGCAGGUUUGCUUUCAAACAACAGCACCCGCGCUGCGCUGAUCAAACAAACCUUUAUAACCCCGAUUCUCUUUUGAGUUAUCGUCCGGCAGGAAAACGGAGGUCGUGGGGCUGGAGUGUGUUCUCAUGGCCGAGUCAGAGACUGAAUGUGACACACCCGGCCUUGACACGCUUGGGUCGGAGUGUGUCAUAGCCCAUAGCCAUGUCGACCUUCAUUAUGGAGCAGAAACGGAGAUCAUGACAGAAGAAAAGCGUGGAUUAGAGCUGGAGAUCCACGGCUCAGACUUAAAGAUCCAAGGACUGGGUGAAGGGCUUGGAGCUGUUGCCUGUGUGGAUGCAAUUGUAGCCGAGACAGACCAUGAUUACAUUAAGGUGGAACAUGGUGAGAUGCACUGUUUCACAGGAGCAGAGAUCAAAACAUCAGGGAGUGAGGCUCUGCUGGGUGAAGUGCUGCUCAAGACAGAAAGCGAACAUGUUGUGAAAGUGGAGUCUGAUCAUGGUGGAGAAUUAACAGUGGAGUCUGAGAAUGGCGUUAUCAUUCAUGAAGCCCAUGGCCUGCAGUGUAACGAGUGUGGGGAGAUUUUUGGCAGCAUAGCUGAUCUUCAUCAGCACUUUGAGAUCCACAAGGACCUCAAUCCAUACAUCUGCGUCCACUGUGGGGAGAGCUUUGCUGUGGAGGCCAGUCUUAAACAACACAUGAAGAUUCACAUGAAAGAAAAGCCCUACGUUCCCCCUGGAGUUGAGAUGAUGGGCAAAGACAUCAUUGAUGCCUUCAGCCUUAAGUCUCAUCAGAUGAUUCAUUUACCAGACAAGCCCCACAGAUGUUCAGAGUGCGGCAAGAGCUUUGCUGCCGCCAUCACACUGAGAGAACACAUGAAGAUGCAUUCGGAGGAUAAACCAUACAAAUGCACCCAGUGUAGGAAGAGCUUUGUCCGCAGAAGGCAUCUGAAAAAGCACCAAGAGGUCCAUGCCCGUGAGAAGCCAUAUACAUGCGGCCAGUGUGGCAAAGGCUUCGCUACGACAUCCAAUCUCAAGCAGCACCAGAAGACACACACUGCUGUUGUUGUGUGCAGUGAAAAACCCCACCGAUGCGCACAAUGUGGAAAGUGUUUUGCAGCUGUCUCCACUCUGAGAGAGCAUCAGAGGGUCCACUCGGGUGAGAAGCCAUACAAAUGCAACAUGUGUAGAAAGAGCUUUGUUCGCAAACGCCAUCUGAAGAAGCACCAGCAGGUUCACGCUGGAGGAAAGCCCUACACCUGCAGACACUGCAACAAGGGCUUCAAUCACUCAUCUUCUCUCUCUCGCCACCACAAGACCCACCUGCAGAAUCCAGUUUUUUCUCCACCACAGCCUGGAAAGACCCUGACCUUUGGCACUCCCUCGAAGCAGAGAGUGCUCCAGGAGGGUGACAAGCCCUACAUGUGCCACCACUGUGAAAAGGGCUUCAAUCAUUCCUCUUCCCUGUCCCGUCACCAAAGAGUCCACUCGGAGGGAAAGAGCUACACCUGUGCUCACUGUGGCAAAAGAUUUAAUCACUCCUCCUCCCUGGCUCGGCAUCAGAGAGUUCAUUCGGAUAUCAAACCACAACAGCAGCAGAUGCAAGCACCGCUGCCACAACCGCAGCAGUACUCCCCCAUUCCCACAGGGAAGGGAUUCCCCAACAAUGCCUUCCCAAAACAGCGCAUCCUGUCUGAUGAUAAACCGUACAGGUGCUCCCAGUGCGGAAAAGGCUUUAACCAUUCAUCUUCGCUCUCCAGACAUCAUAGAAUCCACGUAGCUCAGUGAGCCCCGUUUCUCACCUACAUGCAAGCGCGAACAUCCAUGCUUGAACUCUGUUUCUGUUCUACCAACUGUCCCAUCAUUGAUAUUAACCACAAGAAACACCGGGCGAGCUUCUACAGACAAAAAAAAAUGUUCUGGUCAGGCCAUACAUUACUUUGAUAAAGUGGAGCAGCUGAGAAUAAACGGACAGUAACACUCAAGUCUUCAUAAGGAGGGGACUAUGUGACCUUGUGUGAUAAUUCAGAGCUGAACCCAGGACUUAGUGUUCAGUGUAAAGAGGGUGGUGGUAGAUUGUGAAGGAGCCUCUGUUCUUCUUUGUAAUUGUGCUUCACCUGCUCCAGGACCUCUUUUUGAACACUUUUAAAAAAAACAAGUAAAUGUUAUUUGGAGAUAGAUAUGAUAAAAAAUGUUGCCUGAGGGAAAUUUGCUUUGCCCUCUGGUUUGUGGUUUUGAUAGAAGAAUUCAGUUCAUGUAUUUUCAGGUGGGCACAUGCGCUUUUCAGCUGCAACUUGAUUCAAUGCCACCAAUACAAAAUGGUGAACAAAAACUGUUGUCUCAAUUUAAAUGAUUUUCUUUUCCACCCACAUAACCCAUUUGAAGCAAACACCAGAAAAUCCCUUGUAAAUACUUAAUAAUUUUUUUCUUUUAUAUAUAUAUGUAUAGGUGACUAGUGUGCUGUUCCAAAAGACUACAUUUUUGAUAGUAAGAUCCACUUUUGUCUCCACCUUAUUUUUCCUUUACAACUUUACUUUGUUUUAAGUGUUGGAGAUAAAGUCACGUUGCAGGUGUUCUCAUGUAGCUUGAUCUUGAAUCUGGGCUCUAUCGGACAUGAACCAUCCUGUAUAUUUAUAAGGUUCUUUUCUCCUCUGUCUAUAAUGGGUAAGCACUGCUGCAGAGACUGUACAGAGAGCAAUACUGGCCGACACCCUGAUUCUAUCAUAACAUGCAAUUAGCCAUAAGAAAAUGCAUAUUAGAAAAUAAAAACCUUCUGGGUAGCAUAUUACAACAUGACCUGUGUCCUAUAUUUUCUUUUACAGUGCAGUUUCUUUUGUACCCACGCGCCAAAUGUACAUUAGAUGCGGAUUAAAACUGCUUUGGAGACUAAUUCAUUAAUGUGUAUUGGAUAAAAUUCACCCACAGUGAUCUGUGAACUACCACAAUUUGAUCUAAAAGAAGAAUGAUGUGUAUACUAGAAGACUACACGAGAUAAUCUCACUUUUACAAGACUUAAAAGAUUUUUCUGAAUUCCAGUGGAUUGCGCUUUAUUUACUGUUCUGUGUAAAAUAUCUUUUACAAACUGAUGUAUUUUUUUAGAUAUGGCUUGGGUUAUAUGAAAGGGAAUGAGAGAUAUACAGUUUUUAUGGGAGUGAACAUGGUGAGCAAUAUUUUCUUUUCUUUUAUUUGGAUAACAAUUGUGCUUCAAACUAGCAUAGUUUUCUUCCUUGUGUUAGAUAGGUGCCUUAUUGCAUGCUUUGUAGAAAUGUAUGCCGAGCUGUUUGAGAAAAAAAGCUAGGGUUUUUCAGGAGUCUUUUGUUCUUAUUCAUACUAACUUACCCUACAUUUUAAUUUGAUGUCACUGAUACCUAUUUCUUUUCUUUUUUUUUUUUUUUUUGGUUUUGUGUAUAUUACCAUGUGUUUACACUGUUACGACCAUAUUGUCUUUCUUUUCUUUCCCCUUCAUUUUUGUCAAUGGCCUCAUUGUAGAAAGAAAUUGUAAAUGAUCCAUAUAGGCUUCUCUCGAGGGCAAAUCCUGUAACACCUCUUCCCUAUUUCUGAGUGGCACAUAUAUGGAUAAAUAAAGGUUGUUGACUCUCAUGUGGC